AUGACGCGUAACCACGACGUCUACAGAAACUCACCAGGAGAGUACUCAACCGACCUCGUAGCCAACGCCGCAGUCUCCUUCCUAGACGAAGCCAUCGCAGCACCAGACCGACCAUUCUUCAUCGGCGUCGCACCCAUAGCCCCCCACUCAGAAACAAUCACCAACCCACGCCCUGCAAAGUUCAAUCUACCCGUCCCCGCAAAGCGACACGAGCAUCUCUUUCCGGAUGUGAAAGUACCCAGGACACCAAACUUCAACCCCUCAAAACCAGGAACAGCAUCCUACUUCUCCACGCUCCGCCCACUCAACGACUCAGAAAUCGCGUACAACGACGCCUGGUACCGCGCGCGCCUGCAAACCCUCCAAUCCGUCGACGACCUCAUAGAAUCAAUCAUGAACCGUCUGAGCGAAACCCCCGAGGUAUUGGAAAACACUUACUUGAUAUAUACAACCGACAACGGCUUCCACAUCAGCCAACACCGGCUCCCGCCCGGUAAAUCCUGCGGCAUAGAAGAAGACAUCAACAUCCCUUUCUUCAUCCGCGGCCCAGGCAUCGCCAAGAACGCUAUUCAGAAUAUACCGAGUAGUCAUACUGAUAUCGUGCCUACGCUAUUUCAUCUCGCUGGUAUACCACCCCGGGAGGACUUUGACGGGGAGGUUAUUCCUGUUACGGGGGCGAUGCAGGAAAGGAGUGCGAAGAGUGAACAUGUUAAUGUUGAGUUUUGGGGUGAGUAUUUGGUGGAGGGGAAUACGUUUUAUGGGCGGGAUGGGUGGGCGGAGAAUACGUAUAAGACGGUGAGGGUGGUGGGGGAGGAGUAUGAUUUGAGUUAUACGACCGACCCAUACCAACUCACCAACCUCCUCUCCACACCCAACACCACCACCUUCCCCUCCUCCCCCUCUUUCAUAAACUCCUACCCCAUCCUCCCCCUAACCGCCCGCCUCGACGCCCUCCUCCUCACACUCAAGCGCUGCAAAGGCCGUGUGUGCACGCGACCAUGGGAGAAACUGCAUCCAGAGGGUAAUGUACGCAAUCUGAAAGAUGCGAUGCAUGAGAGAUACGAUCUGUUUUACUUGGAGAAGCAGAACAAGGUUAGCUUUGAUGAGUGUGCGUUGGGCCAGAUUUUGAGCGUUGAGGGGCCGCUGGAGCCGGUGAGUUGGAGGGAGGAGUGGGAUGAGUGGAGUUGGGGGACUUGA